AUGGAGCGAAGGAACCUGGGGCUGCGGAGCUACCCCAUGGCGGGAGCCCACGUACCUCCUCCGCAGUCCUUGUCGCACUGUGGGCCCUUCGCCUCCACAGGGGCAGCCUUGCAGACACCUUUGUUGCUGGCAGCCGUGGUCAACCCCACUGUGAUCUUCGACAUUGCCAUCGAUGGCAAGCCUUUGGGCCAUGUCUCCUUUGAGCUAUUUGCAGACAAAGUUCCAAAGACAGCAGAAAACUUCCAUGCUCUGAACACCAGAAAGAAAGGGUUUGGUUACAAGGGUUCCUGCUUUCCUAUGAUUAUUCCAGGGUUUUCGUGCCAGGGCAGUGACUCCACACAGCAUAAUGACACUGGGGGCAAGUCCAUCUAUGGAGAGAAAUUCGAUGAUAACUUCAUCCCAAAGCAUACAGGCCGUGGCAUCUUGGCCAUGGUAAAUGCUGGACCCAACACAGACAGUUCCAGUUUUUUCAUCUGCACUGCCCACAGUGAAUGGGUAGAUGGUGAGCAUGCAGCCUUUGGCAGAGUGAAAGAGGACAUGGGUAGUAUGGAAACCGUCGGGUACUUUGGGUCUGAGAAUGACAAGACCAGCAAGACCACUGCCAACGGUGGGCAGCUCUCACAGAUCCGAUUUCUGCUUUAUCUUAACCACUGGACCAUUCCUUCUGUGGCUCGGGAGACGCCCUCUAUCCCAUCUGCUCGUGACACCCUGUAA